GCCGGCGAGUGGUUUGUUAAGUUUGUGAGCGGAUUGUGCGGGAUAGGCUCACGUUACAAGAGCCAAGAGCGACGCCAACGGCCCGGGUGUCGAGUUGCACGCCAUUCUUUGAUUAUUCAUGAGUCGGCAGGUGAGGCGGUCACGGCGCAAAGACGUCGUAGCGGUCCCGUUGGCACUCGUCGCCUCCGGUCCCGCCUCUCGGAAACGACAAAAGCGACAUCUGCUCUCUGAUGAUCUCCACCACGUCAAGCACGGCCAACAUGGUGACGACGCAAGGAAAACUGGAGAUAAACUCCACGGACAAUGUCCAAGGGGCAAGAGAAGCCAGCCAGUCAGAUGUGGUCUCGUGUCGGUCCGCAGAUAAAACCUCCAGCGGGCUGGGCUGCUUCGGCUGGAUUUUGGUGAUCGUAUCGCUCCUCUUCAUUGGGGCCACCUUCCCGCUCACAAUAUUUAUGUGUGUCAAGAUAGUGAAGGAGUACGAACGAGCCGUCAUCUUCAGGCUGGGUCGAAUCGCUGACAGGAAAGCCAAAGGGCCCGGGCUUUUUUUUGUUAUACCCUGCACGGAUAACUUUGUGAAAGUGGACCUGAGAACCGUGUCCUUUGACAUCCCACCUCAAGAGAUCUUGACCAAGGACUCGGUGACGGUGUGCGUGGACGGCGUGGUGUACUUCCGCAUCCAGUGUCCCAUCUCGUCGGUGGCCAACGUAACCAACGCGCACUCGUCCACGCGGCUGUUGGCUCAGACCACCCUCAGGAACGUGCUGGGCACCAAGAACCUGGCCGAGGUUCUGUCCGACAGGGAGGGCAUCUCGCACAGCAUGCAGGAAUCCUUGGACGAAGCCACCGACGCGUGGGGCAUCAAAGUGGAACGAGUGGAGAUUAAAGACGUCAAGUUACCUCAGCAGCUGCAGAGAGCCAUGGCGGCCGAGGCGGAGGCCAGUCGGGAGGCCCGGGCCAAGAUCAUCGCCGCCGAGGGCGAGAUGAAGGCGUCCCGCGCCCUGAAGGAGGCCUCGCUUGUCAUCUCCGAGUCUCCGUCCGGCCUUCAGUUGCGCUACCUGCAGACGCUCAACAGCAUCGCCGCGGAGAAAAACUCAACCAUCGUCUUCCCGCUUCCCAUGGACAUGCUGCAGAGCUUCAUGAGGAAGUGAGCAACUUUAAAGCAGCGGUCGUCCCCGGCAACAAAUGGCCUCUUAACAUGGCCACAAACGCGGCAAAGUUCACAAGCAUAGCGUGUGAUUCUAUUAGCCGCCAGCUGACUUUGGUUUUGCAGUCUUUUAUUUCAUACACAAUUUCCACUAAGCUUAUCGACUGUCAAUCAAAAAUAGAAGUAAAUACGUACUAAAAUUCA